UCCAAAAUGAAGUUUGGCAAGACCCUUGAAAAUCUUAUGGUACCUGAAUGGCGGCAUCAGUACAUGAACUACAAUGAGCUGAAGCAACUGAUAAAGAGUGGCGUGAACAAUGCGCCCAGUGCAGCUCGGCCAAGUAAUGAUGUUGCAAGCGGGUACUACAGGGACUUCGAGGAACUCUUCUUCACCACCUGCAGGGCAGAACUGACCAAAGUGAAUGACUUCUUUGCCCACAAGCAGGCGGAGGCGCAUCGCAAGCUGGCCACCCUCCAUUACCAACUGGACCGUCGUCGUGCACAGCAGGAUCCUCGCGGAUCGUCGACUUCCAGGGGCUCAGCUGCGUCAUGGACUCGCCAGAAGGAGGACAAGCGCAAGCGGCCGCCCAUCAAGAAGCUUCGACUGGCCAUGAGCGAGUUCUAUCUGAGCCUGAUAAUGUUGCAGAACUACCAGACUCUGAACAUGACGGCCUUUCGCAAGAUCUGCAAGAAGUACGACAAGAACCUGAAGUCAGAGGCUGGACUCAGCUGGUACGAGAAGUUCGUUCUCGAGAAGUCGGCCUUUGCCAAGACCCUCCAAUUGGACCGGAUGAUAUCGGCCACGGAGGACCUUUACACGGAGUACUUGGCCAAUGGAGACAGGUCUGAGGCUAUGGCCAAGCUGCGAGUGCCGCCAUUGGGCCACCCAACUCCGCCGGCUCAUGUCUUCAGCGCCGGGCUUCUCCUUGGGCUCUUUUUGGUGGGCGCUGCCAUGUGCUUUAUAUCAUAUUUUUCGCUGAAUUUGAGUCCGGAGUCGCGCUACAAGUUUGUCAGUCUGUUCAGAGGGCCCAUUGCAGGUGUGACCUUUGGCUUCUGCCUGGCCAUUAAUAUAAAAGUGUACGAGAGCGUGGGCGUCAACCACGUGUUGAUCUUCGAGGUAGAGCGCAGAAGUGCCAUAGGAGCCAUGAGGUCCCUGCAGAUAGUCUCCUUCUUUGGAUACGUGACCACUCUCGGCAUUCUGCUGUACCUGCUGCACAAGGAGUUCUUCCUAGAGGAUCCGAACUACAUACCGCUGGUGCAGCUGGCCAUUGUGGCUGUGCUGCUCGUGAACCCCGCUCCCAUUCUUUUCUACUCAGCCAGGAUCUGGCUCCUGACCGUCGUGGGUCGCGUCCUUGCGUCCCCCUUCUUCUUCGUGAACUUCGCGGACUUUUGGGUGGCGGAUCAGUGGACCUCUCUGGUGGUCUCCAUCGUGGAUCACUACUACCUGGUGCGGUUCUACGUGCGCUAUUUCCUGGAUCGGAGCGAUGCCUUCGAGUUUGAGCCGGACUACGCGGUGGCUGUCAUUCGAUGCUUGCCUGCGUGGUUCAGGUUCGCUCAGAGUCUCCGAAGAUUCAGGGACAGUGGGUCCAAGUCCACGGACUACCUGAUCAACGCCCUGAAGUACUUUUUGUCCAUAGCGGAAGUCGUAUUUUCAACCAUACAGAUGCACGCAGUUACCCAUUAUUCCGAGCUAUUUGAGUGCCCCUGGACCUGGGCGCAUAUAACCAUAUGCCUUGUCUCGUCAAUUUACUCCAUGUUCUGGGACUUGCUAAUGGACUUUGGUUUAUUCAGAGUGUGGAAGGGCGGGAACUUAUUUCUCCGCGACAACUUGGUCUAUCCCAGGUGGUUUUACUACUUCGUGAUCGUGGAAAAUACCCUGCUUCGGUUCGUCUGGAUUUUGGAGUUUGCCCUGGUCCACCAGGAGCUGUUGGCACCCCACAAUGGCACAACGCUGAUUUGUUUCAGCGAGAUAGUGAGGCGAUUCUUCUGGAACUUUCUGCGCCUGGAGAACGAGCACUUGUACAAUUGCGGCCAGUUCAGGGCCACACGGGACAUCUUCAUAACGCGGCUGGAUCCGCAGGAGGAACGAUUCCUGGAGGGUGUGAUGGAUAAUGCGGAGGACUUGGGCAGGGACAAACUAGAUAGAAAGUACUUCUAAGGUGCCAUCCAUAUGGUGGUGUCACU